UGCCAGUAGGAGGUCCCUUCCUGAGGGGGCAGCCUGAAAGCCGGAACUUUUGGAGCUGAGAUCACUUCAUUCUGCCUUCCCUGGAGCUGAGGUCUCUUUGUCUUCCCUGGAGCAGAGAUCUCUCUGCCUUCCCUGGAGCUGAGAUCUCUCUGCCUCCUUCCCUGGAGCUGAGAUCUUUCUGCCUUCUGGAAUCCCACUCUGUGCAUUUGGGUCCCAGGCCAGCCUCCUGCCCAGGAAGAGACGAGAAAGACCUUUCCCCUUCUGGGAUCCUUCUUCCUCCCCAGCUCAGCCUGCAGAGGACCAAGGCCUGGCCCAAGCAGGGAGUCUGGAGCCAGAGGGAAUGGCCCCUGGGAACCACAGCAUCCCAGUCCAGGAGCUGGUGACAUUCAAGGAUGUGGCCGUGGACUUCACCCCGGAGGAGUGGGGCCUGUUAGACCAUGCUCAGAAAGAGCUGUACAAGGAUGUCAUGCUGGAGAAUGCCCGGAACUUGCUUUUGCUGGGACUUCCAGUUCCCACAGAAGCUUUGAUCUCCCAUUUGGAGCAAGAAGGCCGCAGGAACUCCUGUCCAGAUGCAGAGACCAGGUUUGAUGCAAAGAGGAUGAGUACAAAUCUGAAAAUGACCUCAUGGAAUGACUAUUCUCCUUAUAGUGAAUACAGCAAUUAUCUUGCUGAGCAUCAGAGACCCCCCAUUGUUGAGAAACAGCUUGAAUGCACUCAACAAGGAAAGACUUUCAGAAAGAGUUCUAGUGUUGCUCACACUGAAGAGAAACCUCCUGAGUGUCAUGAAUGUGGUAAAGCUUUUAGGGACCACUAUUCCCUUAUCGUACAUGAGAGAGUCCACAUGGGAGAGAAACCUUACAAGUGUCUUCAGUGUGGUAAAGCUUUUAGUGUACACUCUUCUCUUAUUAAACAUCAUAAAAUCCACAGUGGAGGGGAACUUUCUGAAUGUAAUCAAUGUAGAAAGACUUUUAGAUGCAGCUCCCAUCUUUCUCUACAUAAGAGAACCCACAGUGGAGAGAAAACUUCUGAAUGCAGUCAAUGUGGAAAAACUUUCAGAUACAAAUCAAAUCUUGCUAAACAUCAGAGAAUCCACAGUGGAGAGAAACCUUAUGAAUGUAAUCAAUGUGGAAAGACUUUCAGAUACCACUCCAGUCUUGGUCCACAUAAGAGAAUCCAUAGUGGAGAGAAACCUUAUGAAUGUAAUCAAUGUGGAAAGGCUUUUAGAGCUAACUCAAAUCUUGAUGCACAUAAGAGAAGCCACACUGGAGAGAGACCUUAUGAAUGUAAUCAAUGUGGAAAGGCUUUCAGAUGCCGCUCCAAUUUUGCUGCACAUAAGAGAAUCCACAGUGGAGAGAAACCUUAUGAAUGUAAUCAAUGUGGAAAGGCUUUCACAUAUCGUUUCCAACUUGCUCUUCAUCAGAGAAUCCACACUGGAGAGAAACCUUAUGAAUGUAAUGAAUGUGGAAAGACUUUUAGACACAACUCCAGUUUUGCUGCACAUAAAAGAAUCCACACUGGUGAGAAACCUUACAAAUGUAGUAAGUGUGGAAAGACUUUCAGAGACAACUCCAGUUUUGCUAAACAUCAGAGAAUCCACAGUGGAGAAAAACCUUAUGAGUGUAAUCAGUGUGGAAAGGCUUUCCACAGAAAUUCCAAGCUUCGUCUACAUCAGAGAAUCCACAGCAAAGAGAAACCUUAUAAAUGUAAUCAGUGUGGAAAGGCUUUUACAGAGCAGUGGUAUCUUGUUAAACAUCAGAAAAGCCACACUGGAAAGACACCUUAUGAAUGUAAUCAAUGUGGGAAGAUCUUCAGUCGCAGCUCCUGGUUUGCUGCACAUAAGAGAAUCCACAGUGGAAGGAAACCUUAUGAAUGUAAUCAGUGUGGAAAGACUUUCAAAGACAAGUCAAAUUUUGCUAAACAUCAGAGAAUCCACAGUGGAGAGAAACCUUAUGAAUGUAAUCAAUGUGGAAAGGCCUUCAGAGACAAGUCAAAUUUUGCUGCACAUAAGAGAAUCCACACUGGAGAGAAGCCUUAUGAAUGUAAUCAAUGCGGAAAAGCUUUCAGAUGCAGCUCCAGUUUUUCUGCACAUAAGAGAAGCCACACUGGAGAGAAACCCUAUGAAUGUGACCAGUGUGGAAAGACUUUCAGAUACAGCUCCAGGUUUGCUGAACAUAAGAGAAUCCACAGUGGAGAAAAACCUUAUGAAUGCAAUCAGUGUGGAAAGACUUUUGAAUACAAAUCAAACUUUGCUAAACAUCAGAGAAUCCACAGUGGAGAGAAACCUUAUGAAUGUAACCAGUGUGGAAGGGCUUUCAGAGACAAGUCAAAUUUUGCUGAACAUCAGAGAAUCCACACUGGAGAGAAACCUUAUGAAUGUAAUGAAUGUGGAAAGGCUUUCAGAGGCAGCUCUGGUUUUUCUGCGCAUAAGAGAAUCCACACAGGUGAGAAACCUUAUGAGUGUCUGGAAUGUGGUAAAACUUUUAGUGUACACAAUUAUCUUAUUAAACAUAAGAAAAUCCACACAAGAGAAGCCUUGUGAAUGUAAUCAAUGUGGAAAGACAUUCUCAUGAAGCUCCACUUUUGCUGCACAUAAGAGAAUCCACACUGGAGAGAAACCUUAUCAAUGUAAUCAAAGUGAAAAGGCUUUUACAUAGGGCUCCAAUCUUUUUUUUUUAGGUUACACAUAUGUAGUCAUGCAAA